AGGCGUUGUCUGUCGCAAACGACAGUGGGGUUGCGGUUGUUAUGGUGGUCAGGCGGAUGGCGCCGGGGGAGAGGUCMCCCCGCUGGCCGCCACUGUUCCCGUUGGACAUGCCAUUACGGCUGAGGGAGCGUGGUAAGAGUCAAUGCUGGAAUCCAGUGCACGCAGGACACGGGCGUUCUGAUCUGCUUGUUCUCAGCCAGGUGGAAGGCGGGCAGGGUGGUACGACAUACUUCAGUUCGCGAGCGUCUGCUGUUCCAGGGAGUACCGGAUGGGGAAUACCGCAGGAUGGGCAAAACUGCGUGGGAUUCAGUGGCCCGAAUGUAGGGGUCGGUGGCCAACGUCAACAACCACGGCUCGACGGGGUGGUGGGAAGCAAGGGAACGCUGUCCAUGGAUGUGGAAUCAGAACCGUCACUUGCCCAAGGGUCGCUGACAGUUGACUGCGAACUGGGACCGUACUCGACUAUGUUGCAGUGCAGCGACGGUGGGUCGGACAUGCAGCCCGCGUCGCGGUUCCCGUCUUCGAGGAGCCUGGGCGGCAAGGGCAUGGGCUCACCAUCACAUGGAGGUCCUGAAGGAGUUCAUGGGAAUGCAGAUUUCACUGCAGGGGAUGCGUGGAUGGGUGGUGUGGCGGACAUUGCUGGCACCCAGUACGGAGGGUGUUCCAGCGGCGGUUCGGAUGGGGAGUUUAGUGCGCACGGGCGUUCUGACGUGUCCAGCAUUGACGGCAGCGUUCGACGUGCCCGUGCGGUUGGAGGGGGGGGUGAUGGUGAGCCUGCUGCAAAGGCAAAGGGCCGUGCAGCGGCGGGCGGAGGGGGCGGUGAGGGUGAACCUGCAGCCACAUCCAGGAAUCGUGCACCGCCAGGCGGAGAUGGUUUAGGUGGAGAACCUGCAGCAAAAGGCAAGCCCCGUUCUCCUGAUUGGAGCACAGAUGAGAGCGUGGGGCUGCUCACUUACCUAUUUGAGGAAGACGCUCUGCAAGAGAAGAGGAAAGGAAGACAGAAAAUGCGCACAAGGAGGGAGAGGUACGAGUGGAUCAUUACCAAGCUCGUCGAGAAAGGGUUCGAGGCCCGCAACGUUGAAGAGUGUGAACGCAAGUUCUACAACCUGCUCGACUGCGGAAAGCGGAUCCGUGACUUUCACAAUAGAUCCGGUGAACAGAUCUAUUGGAACAUGGAUCGGGUGUCCAGAAAGAAGGAGGGGUUUCCUGUGUCGUUCGACAAACAGUUGUUCGAUGCUCUGCGGUGGAAAUUGCAGAAGGCGGAGGGGUCUUGUGAAGGGCUUAUGAAUUCCGUUCAGUACAAUGAAGGAUGGUCGAGUGCUGUGACGGACGAUGAUGACACAGGUGGUCGGAAUGGCAGCCCCGUUCCGCGAAGGCGCGACGGGAAUGACGGCGGUGAAGGGUCGAAGAGUGCACGUACGGAGGGGGGUGGUGGAAGUGCUCGCUGGAGCCGAUCCCAGUCAUCAGCGGAAGUGAACAGGGGGGGGGGUUUCGCUGAUGUGGCACAUGCAUUGGUGGAAUCGAAUGACAGACAGGCGGAGAAAUUGGCAGGCACUUUUGCAAAUGCCAUGGAUGGCAUCAACAACAUCCUCGCACAGGGCAAUGCCACGCUUCUCCAAUGUUUCACUAUGCUGUCCGGGGCACUGUCGGGACGACCUGCGGACAACGGACCGCCAAUAACAAAGGAGCAAUCACGGGCCGGGAACGUGAAGGCUGUCCACGCCUCUCCGCGACCGCAUCAUGUCCUCGACGCCCUUACGCGAAGUCAAAGACGUUGUGGACAUGGCAGUGCCACAUCAGACAGUGCCACGUCAGACACAGUGCCACGUCAGCAGUGCCAUGUCAGCAGUGCCACAUCAGCAGUGCCACGUCAGACACARUGCCACGUCAGCAGUGCCACGUCAGACACAGUGCCACGACAGCAGUGCCACGUCAGCAGUGCCACGUCAGACAUAGUGCCACGUCAGCAGUGCCCCGCCACCAUGACGGGCGCAGCUCUGGGCAUGCCAGACCAACUGGCCAACGAGUCCAUUGCCGACUACAAAAAGCGUUUCCAGGCUCAGCUCGCUGCAAUCGAGGCUGAGGAACAACGCCGGCUGGCACCCAAGGCUGCCCAGCUACACGCUGAAGCAGCGGCAACAGCAGAGAAGCUACGGCUAGAGGCCGAAGCAGACGCAGGCGCCCAGGCUCACCGCAAGGAAGCCCAGGAUCUGCUGCAGCGGCAUGAAGCCGCCAGCAUCGAAAGCUCAGGUUCCGGCAUUUCGAAUCAUCAAGACCAACCGGGCUGCUGCACACGAGAAGACAGCAUGGCAGCCAGCCCAUGUGGAGAAGGAAAAUUUGGUCCGCGUCCCCAGCAUGUCGCUGCAGUCCAAACGGACACUAUUGUGGAAGACCCAGCAGCCGCCCAAGCAUCACGUGAAGGAGAUCAGGUGGCCGCUGUCCAGCCGCGAAGCAACAACAACUCCUGAAAAAAGGGAAGGCGAAAACCGCAUCGCCGGCCGGAAAUGGACAGCCGGUACCACAGCGCGAGAAACUGAGCUG